AUGACAAUGGGAGAUGAUGCGCCCGUCGUAACAUCCCUGGUACUUCCGAUUCUGAUACGACCAAUAUUGUCCCAGCUUGAAAGGCGCGAUGUGGUCGCAUCACAAGCGCUGCGUGCCGCGCUUACCAAGGCGGAACAAAGCCACCCGGGACUGACGUACGAUCUGGUCAUGGGCAUCAUCAAGAAGGGUGACAUCAAUGUGAACAUGAACGAAAGCAUCCUCAGACUGCAGGGUGCGGCCACAGAUACGGACUUGAUCGAAUAUAGGUUAAAUCGCACGGAGGAUGCAUUCCAGGAACUGAACAAAAAGUCGGCAGCACUGAAACGAAUCCUGAGCCGCAUCCCGGAUGAGAUAGCGGAUAGGAAAACAUUCCUGGAAACGAUAAAAGAAAUAGCUAGUGCCAUUAAAAAGCUGCUCGAUGCGGUCAACGAAGUGGUCGGUUUCAUACCUGGCUCGUCCGGUAAGCAGGCGGUGGAACAGCGGAAGAAGGAGUUUGUGAAGUAUUCCAAAAAGUUUAGCACCACCCUCAAAGAGUACUUCAAAGAAGGAGAGGCAAAUGCCGUAUUCGUAAGUGCCCUGUACCUGAUACACCAAACCAAUCAGAUUAUGAUAACGGUCAAAAAUAAAUGCGAGUAG